AUGACCUUCACCCUCAGCCCCUCCGUGAACUCUCUCAAGUCGCUGGUCAAUUCGUUGAACUGUGCGUUGGCGAUGUCCCUGAUGUCUUCCGCUACCGUCCCUAAUUCGAUGUCCCUUAGCAGAAAAGCGACCGCGCGGACUGCGUUAACCGCAGGGAGGGCUACUCCUGGCAAGGCCGCUAUCUGACAGAGUGUCGUAGCGAGUGCGCCUAGGGUGAGCAGUGCACCUCGCGGGACGAGGAGCAGUUUUUCUUCGAGCUCUCGUUUUCGCUCGUUCCUGUGCUUCUGGUUCGGACGUUCGACCUUGUCGAGUGGUCGUCACUUUACCUUUUAGUGGUGGGAUCUGGCCCUUGGCCUUCGCUCCGGUCCCAGACAU